AUCAACUGCCAAUUGCAUAGGUUUCUGAUUAUUUAUGCGGAAAUUGAUUGCAGAUAUUGAGCAUUGUUUAGAGAUUGUGUCCUCCUAACUUACUGCAGAAGAUGUUCUAACGUGGGCUAGAGAGAGAAUGUUUGAACCUUUAGGGAGGUCUCGUGUCUGAAUUUUGUCUCCUCAGGAUCUCGGGACCACCCAAAUUAGUUCUGGGGCGGUGGUUCAAUGUUUUAGAGGGGAAUAUACGCCACACAAACUCCAAUGGGACCAUUUUGAAUAGGGACCAGCCUCUCCUUCACUCUCCCCCAUCAUCGUUCGUGGUAGGAAGUAUAAAAAUCCUGUGCUCUGGCGGAUGCAUGUCAGAGCAUCAGAUUCUUCUGCAGGAUCUUCAUCCGCUGGUGAAAAGAGAGAGCGUCGAGUUGAUACAAGGAUCCACUGGUCCAAUCCUGAUGAAGGGUGGAUUGGGGGUAAGACGACGCCAACAACUCAGAGUGAGAAGAAAGAGGAGAUUUUGGGGGAGAGGUUUGCUGAACUGAUAGACAAAUCAGCUGCUUCGCACUAUCAAUUUCUAGGAGUAUCAGCAAAGGCUGACAUGGAGGAGAUAAAAGCAGCUUACCGAAGAUUAUCAAAGGAGUAUCAUCCCGACACUACAUCUCUCCCUCUAAAAGCAGCCGCUGAGAAGUUCAUAGAGCUGAGGGAGGCAUACAAUGUGCUGAGCAACGAGGAUAGUCGCAGGUUUUAUGACUGGACAUUGGCUCAAGAGGCUGAGAGCCGUCGAGCCGAGCGGAUGAGGAUGAAGCUGGAGGACCCAUACGAACAAGAUGUAUGGAACCAUGAAUCUGUACCAGACAUGGUGGACCGGCUCGGUGGAAAGAAUAUGAAACUCAGCGAUCAAGCAAUGACAGCCAUAACAAUUGAUGCAGUGAUCAUAUUGUUCUCCAUCUGUUGUCUCAUAUAUGUGGUCUUUUUUAAGGAGCAGUAUUGAUGAGGUAAACUUUCACGAUAUAGAAAUCGGAUAUAAAAGCUGUUCCGAGUAUUGAUUCACCACA